CCAACCGGAGCAAGAAACAUUUUCUGGUGUUCACCCACGCCACCCUCUUCCAGGAUCAAGUUGUCUAGAGAGCGAUACAGUCUUCCUCUCUCUCCAAUCAGUGAAUAAACAGCCACUAUGACGCACCGCGCGGAUGCCUCCAAUACACUCGAUAACCGUGGCUACAGCGGCCCUUUGGUGCGCGGCCAGAAUCCUGCCCUCCUCUUGGAAACGGCCAUGCGCGACCGCAUUACGGACUCUCUUUACUGGAAAGAACAAUGCUUCGGACUGAACGCGGCCACUCUGUGCGACCGAGCCGUUGAACUCACCUACAUCGGCGGCACUUACGGCGUAGCCAUGAAACCUACACCCUUCAUCUGCCUAGCAUUCAAACUCCUAACCCUCGUCCCCGACCGGGAGAUUGUGCUCGAAUAUCUACAAAACGGAGGGGAAGAGUGGAAGUAUCUGAGAGCGCUGGCGGCAUUCUAUGUCCGCUUGACGUUCGAGCCUGCAGAUGUCUACAAAACUCUGGAGCCGUUCCUGGAGGACUCGAGAAAAUUACGGCAGAGGAGGAAGGAGUCUUAUGUGCUGAUACACAUGGACGAGUUUGUGGAUAAUCUGCUCAUGAAGGACCGAGUUUGCGGGACAAGUUUGUGGAAAAUGCCUGCUAGGCAGUUAUUGGAGGAUCUGGAACAGCUGGAUGAGAGGGUCAGUCCGUUACAGGCGGAGCUGGAUGCCAUGGAAGAAGAGGAGGACAACAGCGAGAAACAGGAUGAGGACGAGGAAAUGGGCGAUGGGGAGAGGAACGGAACGGCUUCUGAGAAUGGAAGGAGUCCCAGGUCGUUGAGCAGGAGUAGGAGUGGAAGCAGGAGCAGGACUCGUUCGAUCAGCGAUUGAACCGGGACCGCGCAUUUACACGGUCUGCAACAACACCAGAGCUUGAGGUCACUUGAAAUAUGUGGCCUCAAACAACGAUAAACUCGUCGUCGCCGGGCGAUGGUGACUCGAGCUCCUCUGAUCUCAACUUGGCCACCUCACCCUCGACGUCACCGACGCCAUGUCCUGCAUCCUCUGUCCCGAAUGGUGCAAUCAGCGACGCCUGGGAUCUGAUGAGGUCGAUCAGAGAUGUGCUGUCAUCGUGGCGUGCCCACGUCGGAUGUUGAAUGUGUCUCUCAGGCGCCUUGAACUUAUGCGCCGGCGGAUCAUUUUGGGUCGUGGGUCGAGUCGUGUCGCUGUCAUUGUCAUCAUCGUCAAUGUCGGUCUUGACAGCAUUCUCGUCUAGUUGGGCGGAGUGUUGGGAUUGCCCGUGAGCACCCGUGUCCAGAGCUACUACUUCGUGCUCUUCAACUGCAUCAUCCUCCCACCCUGGCGACUCAGGCCGUCUUGAACUUUCCGAAGCCGUCAAAUUAGCAGCAUCUGAGCCGACAGACUUAUCAUCGUCGUCGCCAUUCUCACUCCUAAAGGAUCGCUCGGACGCAUUGUCGUCAUGUGCGGCAGCAUCCUCCUGCUGAGCCCAGUUUCCCUCGCCCUGCUCACGGAUCACGAGGUCCCGUCCCCUCCAUACCUCCCGUCUCAGAUACAUCUUCCAUUCAGGAGCAUUACAUGCAGCGUCGAGUAAUUGGGGCAUGCUCGGGCCACCAAUGUCUGUGUUAACGACAUUCAGCAAUGUUAUGGAAAAACCACUUCCGCGCGGAUCUCCAUAGCUCGCAGCGACACCGGUCGUAGUUUGUUUUGGGGUGGUGCACGCGCCAGCAUGGCCAUACACGCGGACAGGCCAGAUGUUCCACUGCUGAUGCAGCUGCUCGACCGUUGCGUCAAUCACGUCGUUGAUCCGGUCUCUGGGGUGGUCGAAAUUGACGAGCAACACGGGCUCAUUGGAGUUGAUGCGCACCUGCCUUGAACGCGAGAUGGUAGGACGAAGGAGCGCUUGGAGCAUCGAGGUGACCAACUUCGUUGGGUUAUCUAUUCCUGUACCCCCGCUGUCGUUGUGCUCGUCGAUAUUGACCCCAGGCUCAAUCUUGACGUGCGACGAUUCGCAGGUGACCAAGUUUCUCGCGACGAGGCUGGCGACCUUCCGGGCGUCGUCGUCUCCAUGGCCACCCCAGUUCAACAGGGCGUCACAUAUUUUGGCCACGAGGAGGAUCCCGGCACCGGGAUUUGCUGCGUUUGUGUCUUCGGUCGCUCUGCCCUCUUCGCCCACGGAAAUGACAUCGCCCACCGUGACCCCGAGGCAUCCCGGUAAGUCGAGGAUGCUCCUUGGAGCUUGUGCGCCUGAGUCUGGUACAUCCAUCGUCUUCUCACCGAGGAUGACUCUCCGCGAUAAAGCUUGCGAGUUUGUCGGCGAUCUUGGUCCCGUAGUAAAGCAACCGCGAUGCGUGCGUGCACUCUUGCACAGCACUGUUGUCCCAGUCGUAUGUAGACGCUGGAGAGUCUAAUAUCGCGAAUCCUGAUAUUGCGUCAGAGGUCGCUUGUUAGAUCUUGGAUGCCAGACGGUAUGUGUACUGUAUGUCAAAUCGCAUGUACCCACCUAAGUACCUAGGUAUAUGUGCGCAUACACUCCGGAUGUAUACCUCUCCUGUGUACAUACAUACAAAAAAGUGCUUCACAAACAACCAGCGAAAAGAAUCA